AUGAGAAUGAAGGACUUGACUUUUGAGGGCGUGCCAUCUAGUCCUAAGAAAAAACCUUCUACUCUAGCUCCCAUGAAACAAGCAUGGUUACGAAUUGCAACAUGUUUAAAUGCUGAGGGAUAUGGACCUCGGCGGUCAGAAGAACAGUUGAAGAAGAUUUGGGAACGCAUUAAAAUAAAUCCAAAGUUAUUCGCGGAUGACACCCUGGAUGCGGGGAGUUCUAAAGUUGCCGGCAUUAUUGCUGCCAGGACAGGGAGCGAAGGAGUUUUGUGGCAUCCCGCAAGCCAGAAUCUUAUCUGUGACAAAACCAAGGUCCUGUAUGACCAAUUCCAUACUGAGGAAGGUGGUGAAGGGGAAGUGAGUGGUGAAGGUGGUGCUAGUGCUGGUGGUUCUGGUGAUACUACAAAGAAAGAAUUUAAUACCAGUAAGGGUUGGUUUGAGAACUUCAAGAAGCGCUACAACCUGCACAACUUGAGGAUCACUGGUAAGUCAACCUUGGCAGACGGUGUAGCAGCUAGGGAGUAUCCUGCGACCUUUGCUGAGAUUAUCCGGGAGAAGGGCUACAAGCCGGAGCAUGUUUUUAAUGCUGAUGAAACUGGCUUGUGGUGGAAGAAGAUGCCAGCCACAACUUUCAUUUCCAAGGGCUUCAAGGUGGCCAAAGAACGUGUCUCUCUCCUGCUUUGUGGCAAUGCUGCAGGGCACAUGAUCAAGCCCAUGUUGCUAUACCAUGCCAAGCUUCCAUAUGCACUCAAGAACAAAGACAUGCACCUCCCACUUUUCUACCGCCACAACAAGAAAGCUUGGAUGAUGGCAUUGUUAUUCACCGAACGGUUUCACAACUGUUUUGUGAGGGAGGUCAAGGAUCAACUGCAAGAGAAAGGCUUUAAGUUUAAGGUCCUUCUCAUGAUUGACAACUGCUCUGGCCACCCCAAGGCCCUCAAGGUUGCAAACAAAAAUGUCGAGGUGAUCUUUCUGCCCCAAAACACAAAAUCAUUGCUCCAACCACUACACCAGGGAGUUAUCACUGUCUUCAAGGCCAAGUACAUGACCCACACCUUCAGCAGGAUACAGCAAGCCUUGGACGAAGAUACACGGGAUGGUGCCGCAUCAGUGCGGGAAAUGUGGAAUAAGUUCUCCUUUGCAGACUGCAUCUCCUUCAUGACAGCCCUCUGUGUUAACUCCUGCUGGAGGGCCUUGUGGCCAGAGGUGGUGUAUGACUUUGGUGGCUUCCACACAGUCAACGAGGAUGUGCAGCACAUCGUCCAGCUUGCCCGUUAA